AUGGGAUUUCUACUUCUGGCAGCACUUACCCUUUUCUCCACACACUUCUCCACCGCCAGUUCCCAAACCCCACAAACCAGCAGCUUCACCUACAAUGGGUUCCGGCAAGCCAACCUGAUAGUCGACAACCAGUCCAAAAUCCUCCCCGACGGCUUGCUCCAGCUCACCAACUACACCCAGCUCGUCACCGGCCACGCUUUCCACCACCAGCCGUUCAAAUUCGACCCCAAUUCCUCCGUCCCGUCCGAAUCGCUCUCCUUCUCCACCACCUUCGUCUUCGCCAUGGUCCCCGAAUCGGCCAACACGGGCGGCCACGGCAUCGCCUUCACCAUCUCCCCCACCACCGAUUUCAGCCAGGCCGUCGCCAGCCAGCACCUGGGCCUCUUCAACACCACCAACAUGGGCAACGCUUCCAACCACGUCGUCGCCGUCGAGCUCGACGCGAUGCGCAGCCCCGAGUUCCAGGACAUCGACGACAACCACGUCGGCCUCGACCUCAACACCCUGAUCUCCGCCGCCUCCGCUCCCGUCUCCUACGUCUCCGACUCCGACGGCGUCAAUCGAACCCUCCGCCUGCUCUCCGCCGACCGGAUCCAGAUCUGGAUUCAAUACGACGACGGACAGAAGAGGAUGAACAUCACCGUCGCUCCCUUCCUUACCCCAAAACCUAGACGCCCGCUCAUCUCCACGCCGGUCGAUCUCUCCUCCUACCUCGUCGAAUCAAUGUACGUCGGCUUCUCUUCCUCCACCAGCACCGUCACGAGCGCGCAGUACAUCCUCGGUUGGAGCUUCAGCAAAACCGGGGGAGAAGAACCCCCGCCGCUGGAUCUCCGCAAUCUCCCAAUCUCCCCCCGCCCCGCCAAGCAGGCGAAGAAAUUAGGCACCGCGCCGACGGUCGUGCUCAUAAUCCUAGCCAUCUCCCUCGCGGGAAUCGCCGUGGGAGCUUACCUAAUCCGAUUGAGAAGGUACAGAGAGCUGACGGAAGAUUGGGAGAGGGAAUACAACCCGCAGCGGCUCUGUUACAAAGAUUUGUACCGAGCGACCCACGGGUUCAAAGAGAAGGAGGUUCUCGGGUCGGGCGGGUUCGGCAAAGUCUACAGAGGAAUCCUCCCUAAAUCCAAGCUCGAAGUCGCCGUGAAGCGAAUCUCCCACGAUUCGCGGCAGGGGAUGAAGGAGUUCGUGGCGGAGAUCGUGAGCAUGGGGAGGCUCCGGCACCGGAAUUUGGUACACUUGCUAGGUUACUGCCGGCGGAAGGGCGAGCUGCUCUUGGUCUACGACUACAUGCCCAACGGCAGCCUGGACAAAUUCCUCUUCACGGAAGACAAGCCGAUUCUGAAUUGGAGCGAAAGGUACAAAAUCCUGAGAGGCGUAGCCUCAGGGCUUCUCUACCUCCACGAGGAAUGGGAGCAAGUAGUUCUCCACCGCGACAUUAAAGCAAGCAAUGUACUGCUCGACGCAGAUCUCAACGGCCGGUUAGGCGAUUUCGGGCUGGCCAGGCUGUACGAUCACGGCACGAACCCGCAGACCACGCACGUCGUCGGGACCGUGGGUUACCUGGCUCCCGAGCUCUCGCGGCUCGGGAAGGCCACCACGGCGACGGAUGUGUACGCAUUCGGAGUGUUCAUGCUGGAGGUCGCCUGCGGGAAGCGCCCGAUCGACACGCAGGCGCUUCCCGAGGAGAUGAUCCUGGUGGACUGGGUGAUUGAUUGCUGGAAGCGCGGGGCGAUUUGGGAAGCAGGGGAUCCCAAGCUGCAAGGGGAUUAUGUCAGGGAGGAGAUGGCAGCGGUGCUGAAACUGGGGCUGUACUGCUCCCACAACAUGCCGGCGUUCCGCCCCAGCAUGAGGCAGGUGAUGCAGUACCUUGAUGGUGACUGCAACUUGCCCGACGUGCCGUUGGAGAGCUCGGGGAUCGGGGCGUUUGCGAUGGGAGGGAGGGAGACGUCGGAGUUCGUCAUGUCGUCGUCGUUUCCUUCGUCCGUCGUUGGUAAGGACUACACCACCGUCACUUCGUUGUCUAGUACGGAUUCUGUGCUCAACGACGGCCGGUGA